AAGGAAAAAUUCACCAAAUUGAUGACAGACUGUACUACUGCUCGAUUAAAAUCUCAACCACAGCUACAAUUACAAAUGCUACCGCAGGGGCAUCAACGGCGUCCUUCCGGCUCAACAACGUUUAUAAAGCCACAUUUCCCACCAAAUCUUACUCCAAGGGAAUUAAUGGCAAAUGCUGAAGAAAAACUACGAAAAACCGGUCAAUUGACUAAAACACCUAACGCAUUUUUAACAUAUCGAAUGGCGCUACAAAAAGAAUUCGCAACCCUUAAUUUAUAUCCAAACAUGCGUGAGCUGUCAACAGCAGCUGGUAACGCUUGGGAAAGAGAACCUGAAUACGUGAAGGCACAUUAUAAUCGUUUGAUGCUUGAAGCUAGAGCUUUAUUUCAAAGUGUUAGUCAAGCUGCCCUCCCCUUACAAUUUGUCCACGUAAAUCCAAAUAAUUCAAGUAAUCAGAAUCCCCAUUAUCGGACACCAUAUGGUGACGUUGAAGAGAAUUGGAAUACUUCGGAGAUUAAUACGGAUACCAAUGAAAGAUCACCUUCUUAUAUUAAUCUAGCCACAUCAAUAAACUCCGCAUCAAUGCACUCUAACUCACGCUCUUCUACCUCAACAUCUACAUUCAUGGGAUAUAAUCAAAAUUCAUCUUCUAAUGAAGAUGAAAUGAAUUCGUCAAAUUCGUUUCAUCUUUCCGAUCCAACGCCACCAGCAUCCGGAUAUCAACAACUCGAUUAUCUUGCUGUAUGCAAUGAAGCAAAUUGCACUUCAUCUGCAUCUUCUCUGACCCUUUCGAAUGGUCCAUCGAUAUUUCAUUAUCCACAACAGCAGCAAAUUCAUAAU